UAUGGACUAAAACUAAAUUAGGUUAAACUCAUUUUAGAUUGGCAGUUACAGACUUUAAAAGCAAACACUUUUGUAAUAUAUUUUCAUAUUUUUGGUCAUAGUGUUACCAGCAUAGUUGCGUAUAUAGAAUGACGAUGACACGGGAUGUAAUAUAUAGGAUUAGUGUGUUACUAAUAUGCUGUGUUGAGUUGGCACGUGGCCUUGAGUAUUGUACCAGUUACUGCGAUCGGCGUGGGACAUGGCAGUCGGGGUUUGUAUGUGGUAUGUUCAUCAGACCACCAGUUGCACCCAAAGGAACAGUUGCAUUCAAAGGAACAAACACUACACUCUACUGUUGUGGAUCCAAGACUUUUAGAUUCUGCUGCAACGACCCAGAUUCGAGUAUUGCCGGCCUCUAUCCCGAGCGCUACCACUGCGUAAGGAACAUGUCUAAUAGAUGGAGAAUCGUCCUUGGUGUCUUCACGGCAGUUAUAAUUCUCCUGACAUGUGGCAUGUGUUGUUUCUUUGGAUGUUCCAAGACACAGUUUAGCGCCACUAGAUCAAGAACAAUGCCACACUGUACAAGACAUGAUACAAACAAUAUUUCAACAUCGAAUCGUCUUGCCAACGGUGGAUUUGCAGAACACGAAGAAAUUAUUCUUUCGGCCGGACCUGUUCCAGACUUUAACUAUCCAAUCUAUCAACCCCCGGCGUACCAUGAGAUAGCUUUAGAUCCCCCUCCGUUCACAGAACAAUCACCAACCACUCAGAUAACACCUUACUCUACCUCAACUACGGUUCGUGUAUCUCAAAAUGCUGGUGUAAGUGGGUUGGUUGUUGCUCUGGAUACUAUUCCAAAUGAUAGUAUCGUUAAUACACCUGCUAAUGAGAAUCAGACAACUACACAAACGAUCGAGCGAGUCACCACUGUAUCGUCGACAACUACAUCAUUGAUUCCUAACACAAACGGUGCUGUAAAUAGAGGAGUUGAUCCAGAACAGACAAACUAUGCUAACGCAUGCGCACUUCCACUUCCUGUCAUGGCGAAUGAAACAGAAAAUGUUUCUACGAGACCAACUGCAAGUGCAAAUGCUUUAAUGUCGGAAGUUGCAUCAGUUUCGAACACCAAACAGCAAUCUAACGACAUUUCUUCUAACUUACUACAGGAUUCGUCGACAGUGAAAAAUAGCACAAACAUGGUAAAUCAAGCAAGAACAACCACUGUUGUCAAUCAUAAAGACAAUACCAAUCAUUCAUCGUCCCUGUCUCAAACUGUCGAGGAAUCAAACAAUCAUGUUAAACCCCAUUCAGAUCGAAAAACUGUUACAUUUGACAAUGCAGCAUUUCAAUUUGACAAAUAGAGGAACACACCUUAAAUGUAAAAGUUACUAAAAAAGAAUUAUAUGUUUCAUAUGUGUUUGAGACUAUUUUGCGAGUGAAGGAUAGUACGAUGAUAUAGUCAUAAAUAGCCAAUAUUUGUUAACGCCUCAAGGCAUCACAUCACAAACCUCAAAAGAGAAAUAAAGUGGGAAGUUGAAGAAAUCCACGAUCCAAAACAGUUUUUACUCACUUUCUAGCUAAAAUCUAAAAUCGUAGUGAUUAAUGUAAUAAAUAUAUUCUAGUGGUUUAUGAAUGUAAACCCUGCAUUUUCCUCAUAUCUUUGUCACUGUGCGAA